GUACAAUUGAGACAAAAGAGCCUCCUCACCCCAUCCUCAUCCCAUUAGUUCGGCCAUACCACACAAAACAGCAAGAGGAGGUCUACAACCUCUUACCUCCAUAACCUCUAACCAAGCUCAAGCAAGAAGGAUGAUCAAGGAAGAAGAAAGAGUGGAGAAAGUAAAGAAAACUUAGGGAGAAAACAAGGAAUUUUACCAAUGUAUUCUAUACUUCUCAAGGAAUCUAGGAGUGGCCGGAAAGUCGCCGGAGCCACCGGAGUUUUUGCCGGAAAAUUCAAAGGUCGCCGGAGUUCAAACAAAGAGGAUAAAAGCUCGUUAGCGUCAUUUCAAGGUUGAAGCUAGAGCUUACUUCCUGCACCCGUUGCUCGGGAGAUCGAUGGAGAGAAGACGUGGAAGGGGUGGUAGAGAUAGGACGGUUCGAGGAAAUCCGAGAGGGCAUGCACCGGGGAUACCCGGGCAAGCCAAUCGGGGGAUAUCAAGGUUGCGUAAAAGGCAAGGUAUGGGCAACCAAGGCCCACGAACACGAGCCGCGAUGGCUGAUCACAAUGUGACAGAAUUCGAGUCGUGGAACUCGGAGGAUGACUCAACUUAUCACCCUGAUAGCGAGUCAGAUGAAACUUCUUUUGAGGAAAAUAGUGGAGAAGAUAUACAUAGCAUUCCUCCUGACCAGAUUAGUGAGAUGUACCGAUGGUACCAGCGUGAAAGGGAAAGACAACGACAGAUAUCCCAGGUGGGACAUGUCAGAGACGAGACCUCUCGCAGGAGGGGUCGGGGUGCUCAUAGAGCACAGGUUAGGACAGUCAGAGAUUCUGAUGCCGAAAGACCAUUCAUUAAGAUCUCAAAGUACCUCAAAGAGGCUAGGGCCUUGGGGUGCAAACCGUUUGAUGGGACGGGGGAUAUCUCGGAAGCAGCCGAGUGGAUAAAAAGGUUAAAUGAUGCAGCCGAUGACAUGCAAGUGGUUCCUGAACGGAAGUUAAGGGUAGCCACUAGAUUGUUGGAAGGUUUAGCUUCUACUUGGUGGGAAGGCAUCAAGGGUAAGUUUGACGGGGUUGUCACGUGGGACAACUUCGAGCAAUCAUUCUAUGAACAGUUUUAUACCUCUUUCGAAGUUAAUCGAAAGAGGAGGGAAUAUACAAAUCUCAAACAGGGCAAUGAGUUUACGGUGAAGCAAUUGGAACAAAGGUUCCGACAUUUGGCAAGGUUCUUGCCUGAAUAUGCCGCCAAUGAGGAUCGAAUGGCGAACCAUUUUUGGAAUGCACUGAAUUUGGAGGUACGCGAAAGGGCGACCUAUCAAUUCAACAUGACUUUUAGUCAAGUAGUAGCCCAGGGUCUCCAGGGGGAGGAGCUUUGGGAGGAAAGGCAAGCAAGGGGUGCUAAGGAAGCACAAGAAAGGGAUCAGAUGAUCAAUCAUCCUCUGCGACGAGAGAGGAAGUAUGACUUUCAAAGCGAGGGGGACUCUAGCAAGUUAGUUCCAUUUUCAAAAGGGAGCAAGGACUGGGUAAGUCAAAGCUCAAGCACUCGGGGCACGGGAGCGCCCAAAUGUGAGAAUUGUAGGCGGAGGCACCACGGGAUAUGUCUAGAACCAUCUAGAUGCUACUUUUGUGGGGAAACGGGCCACAUAAAGGCUCUUUGUCCUCAACGUGUACGGGGAGGAGCCUUGGGGGCCCACAGGGGAGUCACGGAGGUUGCAAACCCAACAGGGAUUGCUUCAAAUGUUUUACCAUCCACCAAUCAGGGGAGAACUCGCUCGUGAAGGCGAUGAAUGACAGAAGCUAUUUGUGGGAAUGACAAUGACAUAAGGAAUUUUACCAAUGUAUUCUAUACUUCUCAAGGAAUCUAGGAGUGGCCGGAAAGUCGCCGGAGCCACCGGAGUUUUUGCCGGAAAAUUCAAAGGUCGCCGGAGUUCAAACAAAGAGGAUAAAAGCUCGUUAGCGUCAUUUCAAGGUUGAAGCUAGAGCUUACUUCCUGCACCCGUUGCUCGGGAGAUCGAUGGAGAGAAGACGUGGUUCGUGCUUCCUCUCGUUCCAUUUUUAAAUAAUUAAAUAAUGCUCAUGGAACUAUUUUGACUUAUAAAUUAAUGGAGCCUGCGAGCUCUUGUUUUACCCUUGUGUGGGUUCUUAUUAAAACACUUAUAUUCCGCUAUGUGUUUGAUUGUAUGUUGAUGUUGUUAUGUAUGUUUACUAAUCGGUUUUGGCA